AUGGCGGCAUCGGACCACUCCGAUGAUGAGUCGUCCAUUCAACACAAUGGACUAUUCCCCAGUUUAAACCACGGCCAUGGGCUCAAAAAGCAAGCGGAUGACUCCGAUAACGACGACGAAGAAGGAGAUGAAGAAAAAGAGCAAGAACAAGAAGCAGAAGAUUCAAUAAACGAGUUAAGAAACACAUUCAAGAAAAAUACAUCUCAUCAUAUAGAUUUAGAAGAAGUCGACUUGUCUGAGCUACUGCUGCAGACUUUAGAAUCAGUUCAAGCGAGUGAAGACGACGUUAGCUUAGACUCGAGUAUCAUUAACAACAUGGCUGAUGACGUCAACGUCGGCGCCGACGCCAGCGAGCAAGGCAAGUUCAAGUUUGUCCGGAUGUAUGAAAGGACUGUGAAGCAAACGAAACGAGAGAAAUCAGCCCAUGGCAUCAUUGACUUGAUGAAAACCGAUGGAGAUAUACCUUUGCAGACGUUAAACUCGAGCGAGUCGUCCGUCUUUGAGUUGUCCAAGCUACAUGACUUUGAUAGAUUUGUGAAAGAAACCGCGUUGAAUGACAGAAUCCUGCGACGAGUUUCAAUGCGAAAACUCAAUGUGCCCGACAAUAACACUUUGUUGCUCGUGAAUGAACAGGAUCUAGCUGGCCGUUUUUACGCGGGGAACGAGGCUUCAACCGCUGAAAUCCGAAAGAAAAACUGGGUAAAGCAGCACCCAAAGAGAGAUACAAAGAAUAAACUACACGAGCACGAGCACGAGCACGUGGUACAAAGCGACCUCAGCGGGCUCUAUUUCCCCAUGUCAAGCAGCACCGGUGGUGGCAAGGAAAGUGAAGCAGCGCGAUUGCAUCGAGGAUUAAGCGUGCGACACUUGCAAAUGAUCUCGCUUGGCGGAACCAUUGGCGUUGGCUUGUUUCUAAACUCGGGCAAGGCCAUCAACAUUGCAGGCGGCUUGGGAGCGUUGCUUGCCUUCAUCUUUGUCGGCUUGGUCGUGUUGGCGACCCUCUUGUCCUUUGCUGAGAUGGUCACGUUCGUGUCUGUCGUUGAUGGAGUAUCUGGGCUAUCCAGCCGCUUCGUCGAUGAUGCCUUUGGCUUUGCAACAGGGUGCCUAUACUCGCUCAGUUUCUCAUUCGUACGUAAAGUGUUGUACUUUAACAGUUUUCAGUUGUCAGUUUCAUUUUUUUUUUUACAAAUAUACUAACAGACAAUCUUUUUUUUUUUUGGUAUUUUUUAGGGGGUUGCAGGAGAAGUUGUAGCAGGGGUAAUCAUGUUGUCGUAUUUUUCAGAAUUGAAAACCGCAGUUAGCAGAGGGUCUGCAACUGGGUUUGUCACGUUGUUUCUCACUUCUAUCAUUGUAAGCAACUUGAUCGAUGUGAGAGUUUAUGGCGAGAUUGAGUACCUCUCAAGCCUCAUCAAGCUUUUGUGGGCAGUGGUGAUGAUGAUUGCAAUGAUCGUGUUGAACCGAGGCGGGUUCGGUGGUCCCGUUUUAGGGUUCCGAUAUUGGGAUUAUCUGAAGUCCGAUUUUGAGUCAAACAUCAUAUUUGGGCCCUUUCGAGCGUCUUUUAAUUUGCACGAUAGUGGAACUAGCCCGCCUUCGCAGGGGAUAGGCGGGAACCUUGGGCGGUUUUUGUCGCUCCUUACCGCGGUUUUGGUGGUGUGCUAUGCCUACAGCGGCACUGAGAUUGUUUGCAUUGCCGCAUGUGAGGCCAAGAAUCCCCGCAAGGCAUUGCCCUCGGCCACGAGACGAGUGUUUUGGAGAAUCGUCAUUUUUUACUGCUUGUCUACAUUCUUGGUGUCGUUGAACAUCUACGCCGGCGACCCUCGUAUUUUGCGCUACCAGCUGGGGUUGACCGGCAUCAAGCUGGAUGAGUUUGCUACAAAUGUCGCUAUCCAGGCAGUAGGUGGUGUCCACUGCAACGCGGAAUCAAUGGUCUUUGCCGGAUACGGAAGCGGUGCUCAAAGCCCCUGGGUGGUUGCUCUUCAAAGUGCCGGGGCUUGCAAGUUCAGCACCGCAGCCAACGUGUUUUUGGUGUUUUUCGCGGUGAGUUGUGGCAAUGCCCAGUUGUAUGUCAGUUCCCGAACGAUUUACUCGCUUGCGUUGCAAAAAAAAGUGCCCAAGUUCUUAACUUAUUGCAGCCGCAACGGGAUACCGUAUAAUGCUGUGUUGCUUGCAAGCUCGUUUGGAUUUCUCUCUUAUACGUGCGUGUCGCAGUCGGCCACGAAUGUGUUUCAGAACUUGACCAGUGUCAUUGCUUCGUCGGGGAUCUUUGUAUGGUUUGCCAUGUGUUUGACCUUCAUACGCUUCUACUACGGCUUGAAACGCAGACCAGAUAUCAUGGGCAGAGACGACAAGUUUUACCCGUUCAAGUCGCCGCUACAGCCCUAUACUGCCAUCUUUGGCAUGGUGCUGACGGCGAUUAUCAUGCUUGCGAUGGGCUUUGUGGUGUUUUUAAAAGACGAAUGGGACACCAUGUUUUUUUUUGCCAGCUAUGGCCCGCUCAUGACCUUUGCUGCGCUCUACGUUGGCUAUAGACUCAUCAAGGGAACGACUACUCCUAGCUUGGACAGAUUGGAUUUCGAUUCAGGAAGAACAGAGAUGGACCGAUAUAUCUGGGAUGGUGGAAAUGAGUACAACAGGAGGAGCUUCAAGGAAGUGUUGCUGAAAUGGUUGUCGUAUUUUACAUAG